AUGAAGUUCCUUUUCCUGAUCCUCGCUGGCCUAACUCUGUAUGUGGCCUAUAUAAAUGGCCAGAUUUGCCAAGGUCGUCCAGUCUUUCAGUUGUGCACUGGCGGCAAGGAUGAGGGAAAUCGCAAUGGACGACUUUGCGGCUUGACUGCCCAGAAUGGUAUGUGGUUCUAUAAUAGCCGGAACAGGAAGUGCGAAAAGAUGAACUAUCGCGGCUGUGGCGGCAAUGGCAAUCGCUACUGCAAAGUGGAAGAUUGCAAUCGGUGCAGGCGCUAA